ACAAGACAACAUUUUCCUCAUAUCACCUUCCACAAUAUAUUUGUGUUUUGUUUUUGUUUUUGCUUUAAAAAGCCCUCAAGACGUCGUGAUCUCUUAAACAGAUCCCAGACUCCAGGCUUCAGGCUUCUCGUGUUACUGUUGUUAUUUUGCACAGUGCCUACUUUCAGGUUAAGAACCAGGCUUUUCUACCUUAUUAACGCCGGAGCUCUCACGUUUCUCCUAUUGAGUCGAACGCCGACUCUCCAAAGACAGGGCUGUCCGUAACCACUUAUAAGCUCUUGGCUGAGAGUUUUGCCCGAGCUCUCGCUCGACCGUACCAUCUCGGAGGAACGUUUUCUUAGACAACACGUUCGGAUGCGCCCGAGUCACUUCAGGGAAAGACAAAGUGAGAGGUAAUCUCACGCUACCCAAGAUCCCAGAGUCUAACAUGGCUCUCAGCGUGCUGGGAGUUUUCCUGGGACUGCUUCUGGAAGUUUCCGCUCACGGACCGUCCAGCGUUCCCAGGACUUCGUGGAGACACGAAGAGAUGAGCUUGGUGGAGUUUUCCGAGCCGGGUGUGUUUAACUACUCCACUCUGUUGCUGAACGAGGAGAGAGGUGCGCUGUACGUCGGGGCCAGAGAGGCCAUCUUUCAGCUUGACAUCAACAACGUGUCCGUCAAAAAUAACCAGGUGUUGUGGAAGGUUCCGAGUCUAGAUAAGACACGGUGCACUUUAAAAGGGAAAUCUGAAGAGACGGACUGUAGAAACUACAUCCAGGUUCUUCAGGUGCUGGAUGAAGAGCAUCUGUUCGUGUGUGGGACCCAUGCGUUUCAGCCGCUCUGCGAUUACCUGUCUUUAAAGGACUUCAUGCUGAUGGGAAAGAAGGACGACGGCAGAGGGAAGUGUCCGUACGACCCUACUCAGAGUUUUACCACGGUUAUGGUCGACGGCGAGUUGUACUCAGGGACCUCGUACAACUUCCUGGGCAGCGAGCCGAUCAUCUCCAGAUUCUCACGUCCUCAUAGCCUGCUGCGGACCGAGUACUCCACCUCCUGGCUCAACGAGCCCAGGUUUGUGUUUGCAGACGUGAUCCGGGAGGGAAGCAACAGUCCGGACGGCGACGACGAUAAGAUUUACUACUUCUUCACGGAGGUCUCUGUGGAGUACGAGUUCUUUGGGAAGCUCCUGAUUCCCCGUAUCGCUCGUGUGUGCAAGGGUGACUUGGGCGGUCAGAGGACUCUGCAGAAGAAGUGGACAUCCUUCCUGAAGGCCAAGCUGGUUUGCUCCAUGCCUGAGCUCAAUUUUGUCUUCAAUGUCGUCCACGACGUGUUCAUAGUUAAAACAUCUGACUGGAGAGAAACGGUCAUCUACGGUGUUUUCACUUCCCAGUGGGGAAACAUGGGCCUCUCUGCUGUGUGUGCGUAUAACAUGACCACAGUGGACGAGGUGUUCUCUAAAGGGAAGUACAUGCAGAAGGCCAUGGUGGAACAAUCCCACACCAAGUGGGUCCAAUACAACGGCAUCACACCCUCUCCCAGACCUGGAGCGUGCAUUACCAACCAGAACCGCAUGCAGAACAUCACCAACUCUCUGCUGCUGCCCGACAAGACGCUGCAGUUUGUGAAGGACCACCCGCUCAUGGCCGACCCCGUGCUGCCCAUCGGACAGGGGCCGCGCCUCACCGCCAAAGACGUCAACUACACGCAGAUUGUCGUGGAGAGAGUCACCGCUCUCGACAACAGCGUCUACGAUGUUCUCUUCACCGCCACCGAUAAAGGGUUUUUACACAAAUCCGUGGUGUACGAAGGAGGCUCGCACAUAAUCGAAGAGAUCCAGUUGCUGAAAAACUCCCAGCCAAUCAAAACACUGCUCCUCUCCACAAAAGAGGGCAGCUUCCUGUACGCAGGCUCGGACUCGGGGGUCAUCCAGUCUCCCACUGCCUUCUGCGACAAAUACGUGACCUGCGCAGACUGCGUUCUCACCCGUGACCCGUACUGUGCCUGGGACACGCACGCUGCUUCCUGUAUCAACAUUUUCCAGAAGCAGGAUAACAAACCGCCCAGGAAGUACAUUCAGAACCUGAAAGGGGAUGCAGACAAGUGUCCAUCAGCGAGACCACGCUCUAUAAACCACCCACAGCAGAUGGUGGUAAAGCCGGGCAGUUCGGCGGAGCUGGCGUGCACCGUGCGCUCCAACCUGGCACAGGUGUUUUGGAAGGUCAACGACAGCAUCCUGACCGAGUCGGCUCACUUCCUGGUGAUGGGCGACUCAGCGCUGCUCAUCUACAGCGUGGCUCCACAGAACCAGGGCCACUACGAGUGCUGGACCGUAGAGUCCGCGGCCGGGAAGAACUUCACCCGGUUGGAAGCCUCCUACAUCCUCCGUCUGGAGCGUUCUGAAAUCAUGCCCAUGUCCUCGGUCGAGAUCAUCGACGUUCCCAAUCCCGAUCCGUCCACAUCACGCACUACCACCACCACCACGGCAUCACGAGGUAAUAACGGCAACAGUAACACCGCAGGACCUUCACCACUAACGCCAUCUACCCGGUCCAGUGUUCCUCCGCCCCCACUAACCCGCCCCGCUACCACGGCUAACGUCUACGGCGUAAAAGCAGACACUAAACAUUACGUCCCUCCUCAAAGUAGCGAUUCACAAAAUCAAGGACCUGAGAUCAAGGAUCCGCAUGCAAAGUACCUCCAGUAUGACAACAGUAAAGCUCUGUUGUUCCUCUUCCUGCUUUUCUUCCUCCUGUUCCUGUGCGGCCUGGUGUACAACUGCUACAUGCAGUACCUUCCUGGUCCGUGUCUGAGGCUCCGAGCCGCCAUGCUCGGCUCGCAGAAGAAGCCGCAGCGCGAGUACGCAGCCUGUGAGGGGGGAUUAAUGGAAGUGUUGCCAGAAAAACGUGACCCGCACGGACCACCACAUCAGAACGGAGCACUCCGAGACACAGGAUACGAAACGGAAACGGAAUACGGAAACGGGAAAAUCCCAUCAAAUAGCUGUGAAGGAGAGAACAACGGAGCCUUGAAACAGGGGCCGUUUGACGUUAAAUGCGAAUCGGAUUCGAUCAAGUACGCAGACGCUGACGAAUCGUAACGGAAAGACAGAACAGACGACUUUUCUCUGGCUCGUAUACCAGCGUUUGGAUAGAUUUAUUCCCAAACAUCUCACACAUUUUUUUCAUGGUCUUGCUGUCUCACUUUUUUUUUUUUUUUGACAAUCCGAUUUUUGACAGCGUCGUUUUUUUGCAUAGAUCAUCAAGCAAAAAAAUAAAUCCACAUGAUUCCAAAUUGGAAACGUGGUUUACCAAAUUGGUAAGUUAACUCAAAGUUUUCCAAAUUGGAGUAAUAUAUAUAUAUAUAUAUAUAUAUAUAUAUAUAUAUAUAUAUAUAUAUAAUUUUUUUUUUAGAUGGGGGAAAUUUUCCUCUUUUUUCCCUCCUUCCACCUUCCGUACAAUCUGUUUGUUGCAUCGUUGCGUGUUCCUCUCUCAGGGACGUCGAUCCGACUUCGCCAGAUCUUUCCUGAUCAGCACACGGAGGAAGGAUUGUUUAAAAAAAUAAACAGAAUUCCGGACAGAACAUCGGGAGGAAAUUCCUUCCUCGUGGAUGUGGAAAUUAAGACUGUGAGUUAAGACUGAUGAUGAUGAUGAUGCAACAGUAUUUUUUCCCAAUGAAAAAAAAAAAGAAAGAAAGAAGCGUACAAUAAACUGUGAGCGCUCGGUUCAGUAAAACUGGUGUCCUGGUGAACAGGUUGGCUUUCCGGGCUCGGUUCCUGUUACCCUGUGGUUCUGUGGUUCUUAUUCCAUUAUAUUCCAUAAUAUGUUGAUGUGAACUUUCUGGGUUCUUCUCUAACAGCCCUGAUCCUGGAGAAACCCCACGAUCGGCACAAUACGCAGAAAUGUGUGACGUCAGGCUUCUGCAGAAAGAUUAUUAUUAUUAUUAUUAUUAUUAUUAUUAUUAAAGCAUCUAAAUCAGCUUAGUAGGAAUUUGGAGGGUUUUUUCCUCUUUAAUUGUUUUAACUAACAAAUUCUCAAUUUCCAUCUCACUCACCUCUGUGUGUGAUUUCUGAAUUUCUUACUGUCUCUCUCUCUCUCUUUCUCUCUCUCAUCUCUCUCUCUUUUACUCACUUACACUCUCUCUCUCUCACUCUCUUUCUCACUCACUCAGUCUCUUGCUCUCUCUCUCUCUCUCCCUGCACAGCCUGCUCGUCUUUUCCAUCCUCCUCCUCCUCCUCUUCCUCCUCCUCCUCAUCCUGGAGAGGUGUGGAGGGUGGAGGUGCUCGCCUGCUCCCCCCGCUGUUGAGCGAUCAGUCCUGGGGUGUUCACUCCCACCAGGCCUUCCUCCUGUUCUGCCUGGCUGUGGGUGAGUGGUACCUCUGACCUUUGACCUGUGCAGCCUGCCUGGCCUGCUUGCAGUCUCUCAUGCUUGCUGUUGUGAUGUAUUCCCCCUCUUUCUCUCUCACUCAUUCUCUCUUUACCUUUACUUCUUUCUCUGUUCUCUCUCCUAGUGUUUCCACACUAUUCAUUCCCCUAUCCACAUUUGCUCGAUUUCUCUCUCUCUCUCUCUCUCUCUCUAUCUUCUCCUUCAACUGUUCAGGAAACUCCACAAAAGUUCUUCCUUCGCUUCCUUUCUGUAUUUCUCUUUUUAUUCAUCACGGCUGUUCCGAGCUUCGGAUUAAUCCAUAAAAGGUUCUGUUAAACUUUACGAAGACGAGGAAGCCCUAAUGAAGUCCUGACAUAAUGCAGGUUCUCAGCGAUGCAUGUUGCCAGAUCUUCUGAAAACACCCAACCCUCCGUCACUGCCUUGAAGCCUGAAACCACUCAGUGUUUGAGUAGCUCUUAAACUCUGGAACAUUUUGCACAACACUUCAAAAUAUAAGAAGAAAGUUCCUUCUAUUCUUUUUUUUUUUUCCCAGUUGGAAAAUCAGAUUUCUUUCCUCCGAUGUUUGCUGUUCGAGUUGCCUUUGUUUAAAUAUUAUUAAAAAAAAAAUAAAAAAAAAGUAAGAAAGAAAGUAACAUCAAAAUGAACUUUGAGCACAUUGGACAUUUGACCUGUUUCUGUAUGAUGAUCUUGUUGUUUUUAUUUUGCUUGUACAGUGUAAAUAUAAGUCCAGAUGUAUAUUCUGACUGUACAUAUUGUUUUCUCUCAAUUUUAGCCACCUUAAUAAAUGAAUUAAUCGACGUUAAA